AUGUAUAGAUUUGCACAAUUUGCCUUAAAAACAAGAAAAAUCGUCUGUAUUGGCUGGAAUUACGUUAGCCAUAUUAAAGAACGUAAUGCACCGAUAGGGCUACCAGCAGUAUUUCUAAAGCCACCAUCAUCAAUAAUACAAACAGGUGGAUCUGUCCGAAUUUGUGAUAGAAUGGUUGCCCAUCAUGAGGUUGAGCUUGCACUUGUUAUUGGAAAGACAUUGAGCCAUUGUCGAUCAGAAGUUUCAGCAUUUGAUGCACUUGCAGGAUAUGCUGUUGCAAUUGACAUAACGGCUCGUAACUUGCAAGAUGAAGCAAAAAAAAAGGGAAUGCCGUGGACAAUAGCUAAGGGUUUUGAUACUUUCUGCCCAGUCAGUGAUUUGAUUUCGAAAGAUGUGCUUACUGACCCGCACAAUUGUGAGCUAUAUCUGAAAAUUAACGAUGUUUUAAAGCAAUAUGGUUCUACAAGGCUUAUGGUUCGUCGUAUUCCGGAGCUUUUAUCAUAUAUUUCAUCAAUCAUGACUCUUGAACCGAAUGAUAUUGUUCUGACUGGUACUCCAGAAGGAGUAGGUCCUCUUGAACAUGGAGAUGUUGUUAAUGCAGGUAUUGUGUAUAAUGGUAGUGAAAUUCAGCAAAGUGUUCUUGAGAUUUCUGUUGAACGCAUGCAGCAUUCGUAUGCAUCUUCAGUAUAA